AGGACAGCCUCCUGUUCGACGUGGUGCUGCUGCUGGACAGGUAUUACGCCUGCGACCCGCUCUACCACGGGGGGUCCCGGGAGUCCCACGGCGGCGAGUCGCAGCGGAAGUUGCUGGCCGCAGUCUACGUCUCGCUGAAGACGGGCUCCUCCAUGGACACGCAGGUGUCCCUCAAGCAGCUGGUGUGUCACGACCUAGGCAAGGACCAGAUCCCGUUCGAGGAUAUCCUGGACGCCGAGCUGGCGAUAUUGCAGAAGCUGCGCUUCCGCGUCGGCACGCCGACCGCGCACGACUUCCUCGAGACGUUAGACACCCGACUCAAGCACGAGUACGCGUCGGACGCCUGCCUGAACCUGGCCGACUUCCUGCUGCAGCUGUCGCUGUCGGACGCGUCGCUGCACUACAAGUACUCCCACUCGAUCCUGGCAGCCUCCGCGCUGGCCCUCGCGCUCUACGCCACGCAGGCACCCUCGUCCGCCUUCGUUGCGCUGGUGGAGGACUUGUCGCUGCACUGCCCGGCGAUGCCCGUGCCGCACGCCGAGAUGGUGGAGUGCUGCGACGCGCUGCACCAGCUGUGGAUCCUCGGCGUGUCGUUCCACGAGCAGUACACGUUCACCAGGUACCUCUGGGCCAAGUUCUCGCGCAGCGGCAGGACGCCCGAGCCUCGUCGUCGUCGAUCGACGUCGUCGUUGUCCCUCGUCGUCGUCCCUCGCCGUCGUCCGUCCUCGUCGUCCGUCGUCGUCCUUGGUCCUCGUCGUCGUCCCUCGUAGUCCUUCGUCGUCGUCGUCCCUCGUCGUCUGUCGUCGCGCAGCGGCAAGACGUGCGACAAGACCCC